AUGCUGAAGAUUAACAAAGACAUCAAUACUGAUAGCAGAAUGUACAACAAUGCUACAGAAACUAUGGAGGACCUAUUUCUAUACUGCCCUGUAGCCCAAGCGUUUGUUUUUGCAUCUCCUAUGAAUCUUAGGCUUGAUGAGAAUCUGAACUUAUCGGUACUUCAUUAUAUCAAAAGCUGGCUUCUGGAAGGUGGUGAUCACUCUAAACUUAAACUGGGGGCAUGUCUGUUCUGGACUUUGUGGAAGACAAGAAAUAACAUCAUAUUCAACAAGGGUUCUAUUAAGCUACAAACUAUGCUACAGGAAGGAUUAUUUUGGUUCAGUCAAGAUAUUUUGGUUCAGGAUGUGACUGCGAUACCAACUGGACAAGAUUUACUUUCCUCUGCCACAACUGUUUGGUCUCCUCCACCCCCUGUAAAGUUUAAAAUUAAUUUUGAUGGUGCUUCAGGAUGCCAAUCUAAGAUAUUAGAGUUCCUUUCUCCCGUUGAAGCGGAAGCUUAUGGCGCUUUGGAGGGUGUUGAUCUUGCGAGAAGUAAAGGCUUUAAUGACAUCAUUAUUGAAGGUGACUCUCUUAUCGUGAUCAAUGCUUUGAGAUACAAUAUUUCCCCUGUUCCGUGGCGCAUAAAGAACACUAUCGGCAGAAUCAAGGACAAGUUAGAUAACUUUUGUUCAGUUGAAUUUAGUUUUAUCAAAAAGGAUGCCAAUUCCAUGGCUCAUUCCUUAGCAGCUAAUGCUGUUGCAAGCCAUCUGUCUAAUCAGUGGUGGUCUUCCCCUCCUUCGUGUACUGCUCAUUUGUUCAGUGAGCAUUCUCAGUCCUGUCUGUAG